CUAUUUAGGGCAAAUAGUUUAGGGUUGAGUGUGAGCAUGAUUUUAGAAAUAUUGUCCUGUGUUUAGUUGCUGUUGUUCAACGUUGGACGGCUGUUUCCUCUGCAUACCGCGAACUCUCUGGAGAGAAACGGCAGCAGACCCUAAUUGGUUUCUCAAUGAAACAUAACCAUUAGUCCCACCACGGGAGGGACUGAGGAAAAGCAGCACCCAGCAUUCCCAAUCACCGUUACUCAACUGUCCACCAUCUACUGUGAACAGAACCUUUUGGAGUGCCAAGGAGCCUCGACACGAUUUCAUCUCCAUAUUUCUACCGAAUAAUUUUUUUCGUUUUAGUAGCGGACCGCAUUGGACCGUAAUAGCAUCUUUCACUCCCGCCUAGAGAAAGUUUGUGCCGAUUCAAACAUGAGUGAUUUGGAAGAAGACUUCAAAAAUAUCCUAUUGAUAAAAGAGGAGAGAAUUAAGGACAUGGAGAGGCGUCUCGUCGAGAAGGAAGAUGAGAUCCACGAAUUAAAACGAAAACUGCACAAAUGUCAAUCCGUUCUUCCCAGCGCGCAGAUAAUUGGACCUAGAACCAGGCGUGCUCAAGGCAUCUCAGCAGAACCUCAAGCUUACCGAACCUUCCAGGAGUUGAACAGUGAAGCAUUUCGGAAACAUUCCAAGUCUGACAGGUCCAAGGACUUAAUCAAGGAGGCCAUUCUUGACAACGACUUCAUGAAGAACCUUGAGCUUUCUCAGAUCCAAGAGAUUGUUGACUCAAUGUACCCAGUAGAAUAUGGCAAAGACAGCUGCAUUAUCAAAGAAGGAGAUGUGGGCUCCUUGGUGUAUGUGAUGGAAGAUGGGAAGGUGGAGGUGACAAAGGAGAGCAUGAAGCUGUGCACCAUGGGUCCUGGGAAGGUGUUUGGGGAGCUGGCCAUCCUCUACAACUGCACCAGGACGGCCACCGUCAAAACCCUCACUAAUGUGAAGUUAUGGGCCAUCGACCGCCAGUGUUUCCAGACCAUUAUGAUGAGGACGGGCCUCAUCAAACAUGCCGAAUACAUGGAGUUUCUAAAGAGUGUUCCAACAUUCCAAGGCCUUUCAGAAGAAAUACUCAGCAAGCUAGCCGAUGUUAUGGAAGAGACGCACUACGGGGACGGGGAGUACAUCAUCAGACAAGGAGCCAGAGGGGACACCUUCUUCAUCAUCAGCAAGGGGAAGGUUAAUGUCACCAGGGAGGAUUUGCCCAAUGACAUGCCUGUGUACCUGCGAGCCCUGGGCAAAGGAGACUGGUUUGGGGAGAAAGCCCUGCAGGGAGAGGACAUCAGGACGGCUAAUGUCAUUGCUGCUGAUGCCGUCACCUGCCUGGUCAUUGACAGAGACUCAUUUAAACACUUGAUUGGGGGCCUGGAAGAUGUCUCAAACAAAGGCUAUGAGGAUGCAGGGGCCAAAGCCAAAUAUGAAGCAGAGAAUGCCUUCUUCUGCAACCUGAAGCUGGUGGACUUCAACAUAAUUGACACGUUGGGGGUCGGAGGCUUCGGACGUGUGGAGCUGGUAGGAUGUUUAAAUAAAGUGCAGCUAAAAAGCGAUGAGAUCAAAACUUUUGCGAUGAAGAUCCUGAAGAAGAGGCACAUCGUGGACACUCGGCAACAGGAGCACAUCCGCUCCGAGAAGCAGAUCAUGCAGGAGGCCCACUCAGACUUCAUCGUCAGGCUAUAUAGGACAUUCAAAGAUGCCAAGUAUCUUUACAUGUUGAUGGAGGCUUGCCUUGGGGGAGAGCUCUGGACCAUACUUAGGGACAGAGGUUCAUUUGAAGACUCGACCACACGGUUCUACACAGCCUGUGUGGUGGAGGCCUUUGCUUACCUACAUUCCAAAGGGAUCAUCUACAGAGAUCUCAAACCCGAGAACCUCAUUCUGGAUCACAGAGGCUAUGCCAAGCUGGUGGACUUUGGCUUUGCCAAGAAGAUUGGGUUUGGGAAAAAGACAUGGACUUUCUGCGGGACUCCGGAGUACGUGGCACCAGAGAUCAUCCUGAACAAGGGGCACGACAUCUCCGCUGACUACUGGUCGUUGGGAAUCCUCAUGUACGAACUCCUGACUGGAAGCCCGCCAUUCUCAGGGCCAGAUCCAAUGAAGACGUACAAUAUAAUUCUGAGAGGAAUCGACAUGAUUGAAUUUCCAAAGAAGAUUACCAAAAAUGCUGCCAAUUUGAUAAAGAAACUAUGCAGGGACAAUCCUUCUGAAAGACUUGGAAACUUGAAAAAUGGAGUCAAAGAUAUCCAAAAGCACAAAUGGUUUGAAGGCUUUAACUGGGAAGGGUUGAGGAAAGGAACCCUGACUCCUCCAAUCAUCCCUGAAGUCUCGUCUUCAACUGACACAAGCAACUUUGACAGUUUCCCAGAGGACAACAAUGACCCUCCUCCCGAUGACAUGUCUGGCUGGGAUACAGAUUUUUAACGCCACCCUCCAUGUGUAGUAGCCUCUCCAGUAGCUCCCUAGUCCUGCCUCAUAAUUGACUUUUCUGGGGAAGUCUUUCAAGGGUUUGGCAGCAGAGAACAGAGAGACAGACAGUUGAUGAUGCUGUGAACGGACAGUGACAGUGAAUGGGGCAUUCGUACCGCUUUGGGUCACCAAGAUGCCUUCACCAAUGUUGCUCCACUCUCCUCCGAGGUGGCAUUGGGACUAACGUUUUAGAACGACAAAAGUCCUCUUCAGUCUCUCACCAUCACCGUCAACCAUGGAUCGCUUCAUGGAGAGGUUUUUUAUUUAUUUUUGUCACACAUUUGUAUAUUUAGGUUUAUGUAUUUGUUGUGGCUGUUAGCACUUACAAUACCAGUGUUUUCAGUGAUUACUUGUGAUACUGAGUGGAUUGGGACUGAGAGGGAGAGAUUCCUGCUCACUGUUGUAGCGUUUAUGGACCACAAUUCCAACGGGGGGGGGGGUUUGACUCUCUUUUAAACGCUUGUCAUCAAUAAUCAAAAUGUUAUUUUUUACAAGUUCCUUUGUAUCAUAUUAUACAUUUGGAUGUUACACAUGAUUACAGCACAUAAAGAUGAUAUAUUGUCUA